AGCUCCUUCUCCUCACCGCUUUCACAGAGCGAGAACUCCGGGCUGCGCGAGGAGAGCCUGCACGAUUAUGAAAUCCUACCUGAGAGUACGGUGUAAGUUGUCCGUACAUCUGUAGCGCAGCAAGUACCUCUGCAGCUCCAAUUACCCGCCUAUGCUUACUCUCAGAACCUGGAGCAGGAGGGACGCCCAGGAACUCGAGAGAUCUGCGCCUGACUGAGGGCCCGUGGACCUGUCUGUCCAAAGUGCUCUUUGCUUCUCCCGCCAGGCUGCCGCAGCCCCACCUCCAUCACUCAGAUGUCCCCUCCUUUCUGAGUAUUCAGUGCUUCCCGGUGCAAGCAAGUGGUGACAUAUGAUCUGGAUCCCUCUGGUCGGAUCCCAGCCCGUCCUCUGCCCGGGUCGCCCCGCCCUUAGAGCCGCCACGCUGGCCUUUCUGGGAAAGUCUUUGCGGAGUCUGGAGCUAGGAAGCGACCACGCGAGGGGCAGGAGAGGGGCGGGCGGGGCAGCGCCCGACGCACCCCGUCCACGUCCUCCUAGAUCCGGCGCGGAUGAGACCCCGGAGGUCUGGGGAGAGGCGCGUCUUUGAGGAUCUGACCUAGGAGGUGGCAGAGCCUCCCUACCAGCUCGCGCGUCCUCCAUGCGGGUGUCUUGGUAGAGGCACCAGCGCACUCCAGCCUCCCGCCCGUGUCUGCUCCUUGUGUCCGGCUGGGGGACGCCACCCGGCCGCGUCGCCACGGAGGUGGGGGCACCGAGCGACAACAGCAACUACGCAGCCCGGGGAUCCACGCCCUGACGGACGACAGCGAUGGUUCUCGCGGGUGGACCCCGGUGCCUCCCCACAACCCCGCACCCUCCCACCUCCGGCUCUUGCGCCCACGGGAAGACGCCUCAAUCCCUGCGCUGUCCGGGGGGCGGGGUGCUUCCAGACGGUGGGUGCCUGUUUGAUUUGCCAGAUGCGCCCAGGUUCCCCGCCGGGAGAAGGAGGCGCGGCGCGACACUUCCCCUCCGCAACACCAGAGGGCGAUGUGGCGGAUUGCAGCACCGCUGGACCACCGGGGCGGCGCUCCGUCCCGCCGGAGUUUUCCCCUCCACGUGGGGACGCAGGAUGGCGGCGGUGGUGGCGGACGAGGCGGCGACGCGCGACGUGCAGCGACUGCUAGUGCAGUUCCAGGAUGAGGGCGGGCAGCUGCUGGGCUCCCCGUUCGACGUGCCCGUGGACAUCACCCCGGACAAGCUGCAGCUCGUGUGCAACGCGCUGCUGGCCCAGGAGGAUCCCCUGCCGCUGGCUUUCUAUGUCCAUGAUGCCGAGAUCAUCUCGUCCCUGGGGAGGACACUGGAGUCACAGGCGGUGGAGACAGAGAAGGUCCUUGACAUCGUCUACCAGCCCCAGGCUAUCUUCAGGGUUCGCGCUGUGACCCGCUGCACCAGCUCCUUGGAGGGUCACAGCGAGGCAGUCAUUUGUGUGGCCUUUAGCCCUACAGGAAAGUACCUGGCCAGUGGCUCUGGAGACACUACUGUGCGCUUCUGGGAUCUCAGCACUGAGACACCACAUUUCACGUGCCAGGGACACAGACACUGGGUCCUUAGCAUAUCCUGGUCCCCAGACGGCAAGAAGCUGGCUUCAGGCUGCAAGAAUGGCCAGGUUCUCCUGUGGGACCCAAGCACAGGGAAGCAAGUGGGCAGGACCCUUGCCGGCCACAGCAAGUGGAUCACAGCCCUGAGCUGGGAGCCCCUCCAUGCCAACCCCGAGUGCCGCUACGUGGCCAGCAGCUCCAAGGACGGCAGCGUGCGGGUCUGGGACACGGCUGCGGGCCGCUGUGAGCGCAUCCUCACUGGGCACACACAGUCAGUCACGUGUCUCCGGUGGGGAGGGGACGGGCUUCUCUACUCCGCCUCCCAGGACCGCACCAUCAAAGUCUGGAGGGCUCAUGAUGGUGUGCUGUGCCGGACUCUGCAAGGCCAUAGCCACUGGGUGAACACCAUGGCCCUCAGCACCGACUACGCCCUGCGCACGGGGGCCUUUGACCCAGCUGAGGCCUCAGUUAACGCCCAGGAUCUCCGAGGGUCCUUGCAGGAGUUAAAGGAGGGAGCUCUGAGCCGCUACAGCCUCGUGCGGGGCCGGGGCCCAGAGAGGCUGGUGUCUGGCUCCGAUGACUUCACGCUGUUCCUGUGGUCCCCGGCGGAGGACAAGAAGCCCCUGGCACGGAUGACGGGGCACCAGGCCCUCAUCAACCAGGUGGUCUUCUCCGCGGACGCGCGCGUCCUCGCCAGCGCCUCCUUUGACAAGUCCAUCAAGCUGUGGGAUGGCAGGACGGGCAAGUACCUGGCCUCGCUGCGUGGCCACGUGGCUGCCGUGUACCAGAUUGCGUGGUCGGCCGACAGCCGGCUCUUGGUCAGUGUCAGCAGCGACAGCACGCUGAAGGUGUGGGAUGUGAAGGCCCAGAAGCUGGCCACAGACCUGCCAGGCCACGCGGACGAGGUAUACGCUGUCGACUGGAGUCCAGAUGGCCAGAGAGUGGCAAGUGGCGGAAAGGACAAGUGCCUCCGGAUAUGGAGGAGGUGAGAAAUCCCAAGGAUCCCCACCUAGACUCAGCCUCUGCCAGCUGCCUGCCCUGAUGGAGACCAAAGGCCGGGGUGAUGACCUUGAGAAUGAGCGUGGCCUGCCGUCCUCCGACAGACCCCAGUAGCGUCCCUCCCCAGAGCAGGAGGUUGAAGGUCGAGGGAGGUUAUCACUGAGCUCCGCCCUUGGCCGUCACUUGGUAGCUCGCUGGUGCCAGCACGUGGUGGGGGUGGGAGUGGGGGGGCCGAGCGAUGACUGGCCCUCACUGCUGCCCUUGCCUCCUUUCCUGAAUGCCGUCUGUUUAGGGUCAGACCGCAGAUUCUGUGACCAAAUAAAUAACUUAUAUUUUGAA